AUGCUGUCUUAUGCUUCGAUCGUCGCCUUGGGCUUGAUUAGUUCAGCCUCUGGGGCAAUUUGGUUCAACGCACCGGCAACCGUUCCGCAAGGAAGUGGGAUAGUGGUGUCGCCAUCAUUCGUGUCUUACUCGAUUGAGUUGUCAUAUCUACCAGACUACGCUGGUAACAAAUCAGUCCCAAACACGUUUUCGGAGAAUUUGUUGGAGCAGUUUCGCAAAUUCAGUGGAGAUGAUCGCCCAACCAUCCGCGUGGGUGGAUCAAGCCAGGAUAGAGUUGGCUAUGAUCCAGACCUCCAGGUUUCCCGUGUUCUCGAGGGGAGUGGCGAUCUUCCCGCUAGGCUCACAAUAGGACCAACGUUCUUUGAGUCUCUCAACACUUUUACUGACACUCGCUUCAUCUAUAGUCUCAACAUGAAGCGCUCAGUCCAGAACGAGACACACUACCAGAACAUGCUCGACACUGUUGCCGCCGCCUGUAGGGCCUUGUCCAACAACAAUCUGCUCGGUUGGUCCUAUGGUAAUGAGCCAAACUUGUAUGGGUUUGACAAUUGGUAUCCCGCUGAUUACACAGCGGCGUGGCUGAAGGGUACUCGAGAUGCAAAAAAGGUUCUCGAGGACAAGUGCCCAGACCUUGCCGAUGACGACAAGUUCCGCUGGCUUACGCCAUCACCUUCCAGCUUGUCAUCAGGACACGUGAACAUUCCACACAUCAUGGAGGCGGGCAUUGACGAGGAUGGCUCAGUCUAUUUCCUUGGGGCUCACAGCUACAUGGGAAACGGACGAGAACCUGUAAACAAGCAGGCCAAGCUCAUGAACCAUACUUCUGUGGAAGGUUCCAUUAACCGGCAUGUAAGCCUGAUGAAGAAACUCGUCAACUACACACAGCCGUAUUCGAUAAGCGAGACCAACAGUUUGUAUGGGGCUGGCAGAGCUGGUGUGUCGAACACUUUUGGAGCUGCUUUGUGGGCCUUGGACUUCAGUCUGCAUGCCGCAGCCAAGAACAUCACCCGUCUGAACUUCCAUAUGGGCAGAGACUAUCGCUAUUCGGCUUGGCAGCCUGUACAGACAUCCAAACAGGACAUUGGAACAAAGGCACCCUAUUACGGCAACCUGGCAACUGCAGCCAUCCUGGGUCGUCUGGGUGAGGACAAGGUUCAGGUUGCGAAUCUCCCAGCUACUGGAUACGGGGCCGAAUCUGCGUAG